GCUUGCGUUAUUGUUCCGGUCUCAACACUGAGCUGCACAGAGUUUGAUAUUAACCAUCAAAAUAUCCUCUCAUGCCUGUGCUCGCACAAUUGUCAUACGAUUUUAAAUUUGUUUAUGUUUUACAAAAACAGCAGAGCACCGCCUGGCUCCCCUGCUGUCUUGGUAUUGGCCCACUUGUGAAAUUAACCACUGUCUUGUUAGCUCGUGGUCGCUAACCAGAGAGAACCAGCACCAGUUCUGAUGCCAGCAGUUUUACUUGUGAUAUCAAAUUUUAAAAAGCUGCUCCAGGGUCGUUAAUGGCAGGUAAGAAACCCUUCACAGACAUGGACACCGCGGAUGAAGCGGUGAGGGCCACGUGUGACGAUGCAACCACCUGCAAAAGAUUUGCCACCAGUAAAGGCUACUGGAAAGACCCAUAUAUCCAAUACUUUGUCAGAUCAGUAGGAGAGCGGAAGGCCCCUGAAAUCAACAGAGGUUACUACGCAAGAGUUCAAGGAGUGAACUUUCUCCUUGAUGCGUUUAUAAAGAAAACACAGUGUGAAUGUCAAGUGGUCAACCUUGGUGCUGGACUGGACACCACGUUUUGGAGACUAAAGGAUGAAAAUCUCAUGCCACGGAAGUUCUUUGAAGUAGAUUUUCCUACUGUUGUCGCCAGGAAAAUACACAAUAUAAAAACAAAACCUCCCUUGUCCAAACCAAUCAUCGAGACACACUCAACAGAUUCCCUACUGCUAGAUGCCCACAGUCUUGACUCAGAUCGUUAUUGUAUCAUUGGAGCAGACCUCAGAAACAUCUCUAACUUGGAGGACAAACUGAAAAAGUUCCAGCUGAACUCGGAAUUACCAACGUUGUUCUUGUCAGAGUGCGUGUUGGUCUACAUGACACCAUUGCAGUCCUCCAACCUAGUGAACUGGGCAGCAGAAACCUUUCACACUGCCAUGUUCAUAAACUACGAACAGGUGAACAUGCGUGAUCGAUUUGGCCAGGUGAUGAUUGAGAACUUGCAACGUCGCCAGUGCACCCUGGCAGGCGUAGAAACCUGCCAGUCUCUUGACUCCCAGAAGGAGCGGUUUCUGAGGACUGGAUGGGAAAAUGCCAACGCUUUAGAUAUGAUGACGGUCUACAGUAUGCUACCUCAGGAUGAUGUGGCGAGAAUUGAGCAUCUAGAGUUCCUUGAUGAGAGGGAGCUGCUGCAGCAACUUCUUCAACACUACAGCAUCUGCUGGGCCACUAAGGACAAACUCAAUCUGGGUCUGUCACAGUUGGCAUACUGAGUGCCAAACCUCAUUACUGGACAUGUUUUACACACGUUUGCCAAAAUCAUCCUGUGGAGAAGAUGAAGGACAGGAGACACUGGGGAAGAGGAAACCCUGGUUCUGCAUCAGGUCUCAGCAUCAGUGCAAUGAGAGCUCACCUGCAUCCUUUGUGACCCAGUCUGUGUUCAUGACAUCGUCUUGACUAGAGCUGUGGCAACACAGGUGCAAAAUCCCAGGCCUACAAUGGUUCAGGUUUGCUUACAGGCCGUUUUAUUCGUGAAAUAACAAAUGUUGUUUGAAAAAUUGGCUCGUUUUUUAAAUAAAAGGCUGUAUGACGUCAAAAGAAUUGAAAACAUGCAUUUGAGCUCUGAUUUUACGUGCCGUUUUAAAUGGAUUUCUUCAUCUGACAUCUUCUCAUAGAACACACAUGCAUGUGAUAACCAGGGUCAAAUAGUCUGUUUAUUUACAUUUGCCUGCAUCAUUUUUUUCCUUUUUUGGAUCCUUGCAAAGACUAAAUGACAAUUGAUCAAUUUGUAAUAGAUUAUAUUUGAUGAAUGUGAAUCUGUGCAGUUGAUUAAAAAUGUUCUUUUGUGUAAGACUAUGUUUGUUUAUGUACUUUAAUGUUCUCAUAUCAGCUCACCUUUAUGUUGAGUUUGUCUUUGGAGUUCAAAUGAUUGGAUGGAGGAGGUUUUACCACGAAUACAAAAUGUUAAUGUGUGUACAUCCUUUAUGCAUUGAGUCAUUCUGACUCAAGACAGUUUCAGAAAAGGAUAAGCGUGAUAUCGAGAGAAGUGUCAACACAAAGAGAUAAAGCUCAAUGUGCA